AUGUCUCCAUCCAGCCCAAAUGACGGAUUGGAUUCAACCGAUGACGGCGAAGUUCGUCUGGAGGCGAGCGUUGAUGUAGACAAUGACUCCGCAAUCGGAGUUAAGGACGAUGAAUUAUCGACUGCAUCUCUAAGCUCUAGUAUUCGAGAUUAUCACAUGAUCAACGGACGCGGAUAUCAUCGCGAUGAGAUUAAGACUGACGAAAUAUCGCCAGAUCUCCAGAGCCAUCAGCUGUUACUCACCUUUGGCGGGAAAAGAUAUUUUCCACCAAAUGCCGAGACUGCCAAGCGGGUUCUCGAUAUUGGAACAGGCACUGGAAUGUGGGCUGUCGAGUUUGCCGACGAACAUCCUCAUUCCGAGGUUUUUGGUAUUGAUAUCGCUGCUAUCCAGCCAGCUUUUGUUCCUCCUAGCUGCACUUUCGAGAUCGACGAUGCUGAAAAAGAAUGGACUUGGACUAAACCAUUUGAUUUCAUCUUUGUGCGUCUCAUGCCCGGUUGUAUAGCUGGCUGGGACAAGUUCACCGGCCGGUGCUUCAAGAACUUGGAGCCUGGAGGUUGGCUAGAAGUUAUUGAUCCUGCUUUUCCUGCCAAGUCCGACGACGGAACACUAAAACCCAACUCUCCAUUGCACAAAUGGGAUGAGCUAACUGCCAAAGGAGCUAAGGCACUAGGACGUUCCUUUAGUGAAGCCGUCAACCAUGAAGUCCGUCUGAAAAGGCACGGAUUCAUCAACGUUACUCGCAAGGCGUUCAAGUGGCCUACCAACACUUGGCCAAAAGAUCCAAAACAAAAAGAGAUUGGGCUUUGGGCGCUGGCGAAUAUUGAAAGAAACUUAGAGUCUAUCAGCUCAUUCUUGCUGAGGCAGGGGCUUAAUAUGAGUCAGGAAGAGAUUGUGGUGUUUAUUUCACAAGUCAGGGCCGAGAUGCGAAACACAAAGGUUCAUGCAUACUGGGAGGUUUUCGUAGUCACUGGUCAGAAGCCGAACUGA